AUGCAAAAACUGACGGAGCGCAUAGACGACCUGAAGCAGAGAAUCGCUGCUUGGGGAAAGCGAAUUCGGCGAUAUACCGAGAGGUCGACACGGUUCAACCAGAAUCGUCUCUUCCAGAGUGAUCAGAAGAGGCUCUAUAAAUCAUUGGAGCGACCAAUGGUAAGUGGAACGGGCCCAGUACCGAAUCAGGCCGACACGGUCGCAUUCUGGCGCAGCCUGUGGUCAGAGCCCGUAAACCACAACGAGGGCCCUUGGACGGAAGUUGUGGCGAGUCAGUGUGCGGGUAUUACGCCCAUGGACCCCGUCACCAUAACGCCGGAUGACGUAGCUGAGGCGGUCCGUAGGGCCCCGAACUGGAAAAGUCCGGGACUCGACGGGCUGCAUCACUACUGGCUGAAGGGGUUCGUGGUGUGUCACACUGUGCUCGCCCGACAGUUUCAAGAGGUUCUCAACCAGAAGUCGCUCCCGAGCCUCUUCACUACUGGGAUCACCCAUUUGGUUCCUAAAGGCUAG